UCACUUUCAUAAGAUGGAAUCCCUGAUUUACUCCCUGAAUGGAUUCGCGACUAUUGGACUUGGGAUUUUCUUCUUCUACUACUGCUUCGUCCAUAAGCUGAGGGGAGAUGGCAGGAAAAUGAAAUUGCCUCCAGGGCCACGUCCAUGGCCUCUCAUAGGAAGUGUCCAUCUCUUGGGAACCCUUCCUCAUCAGGGUCUUACCAAGCUGGCAAAGAAGUACGGAUCCAUUAUGUUUCUCCGUUUGGGCUCCAUCCCCACUGUUGUGGUGUCUUCUCCUGCCAUGGCAAAAGAAUUUCUCAAAACGCAUGAUUUGGUCUUUGCGACCAGACCAUACAGUAUAUUUGGGAAAUAUGUAUGCUAUGACCAUAAAGACGUCGCUUUUGGCCCUUAUGGAGAAUCAUGGAGGCAGAUGAGAAAGCUGUUGACAGUUGAGCUGCUCACGGUAAAGAGAACCGAGUCUUUCAGAUUUGUGAGAGAGGAAGAAGUGUCUUCUAUGAUCGGGUCCAUCUGGCAGGAAAGCGGGCACGGAGCGCAGUGUGUGGAUGUGAAGAAGAGACUCUCCUCCCUCACACAAAAUAUUACCUGCAGAAUGUUUGCCAGCAGGACGUACUCCGACAACGACUUGAAUGGAGGCCAUAGCUUCAGACAAAUGGUUGAAGAGAUGUUUGCUGUGGCCGGUGCGUUUAAUCUUAGCGAUUUGAUUACAUCACUUGACUGGAUCGACAUGCAAGGAAUCCGUCGUCGCAUGCAGGCCGUUCACAAAAUAUUCGACGGAUUUGCUGAAAAAGUAAUCGACGAGCACAUUCAUCGUAGAUCGGGAGAGAGAAAACCCAAGGAAGGGGAUCACGUUAAAGACAUGGUAGACGUGAUGCUCAGCAUGGCCGAGACGAAGGGCCAGACAAUAUUACGGGUCGACAUCAAAGCCAUGAUCUUGGAUAUGGUAAACGCGGGAAUAGAAACAUCCUCGACAUUGGUAGAGUGGGCAAUGAGUGAAUUGCUGAGGAAUCCUGAAACGCUGGCACGAGCACAGAAAGAGAUGGAGUCAACAGUGGGCAGAGAGCGCAGAGUAAAGGAAAGUGACGUCAUGAGCUUCGAGUACUUGAAAUGCGUGGUGAAGGAAACUCUUCGACUUCAUCCGCCACUUCCUCUGCUCGUUCCGCGCGAGUCGAUGGAAGGGUGCAGCGUGGCAGGAUAUUUCAUUCCGCCAAAGACGAGGGUGUUUGUGAAUGUGUGGGCGAUUGGAAGGGAUGAAAACGUUUUGGAAGAUGCUCAUCAGUUUAAGCCCGAGCGGUUCAUGGGUAGUAAUAAGGAUGUGAAAGGUCAGGACUUCGAUUUGCUGCCGUUUGGAGCAGGAAGAAGAGGAUGCCCUGGGAUUUCCAUGGGUCUUUCUAUUAGUGAGUUGGCACUCGCUCAGCUGAUUCAUUGCUUUGAUUGCAGUGUGGAGGGCGAGGUAGAUAUGUCGGAAGAAUUUGGAUUAACGGUUCCCAGAAAAAAUUCGCUGUUUGCCUGCCCUAAAUGGAGGCUCACUACUGAAUAUCCUAGUGAUACGUGUUUUGCCUAG